AUGGCCGCCAAGGCAGCUUCGACUCCUACUACUCUGACAAAGAUAGCAAGGUUGGAAACCCCAAGGACUAGUCGGUUCGACGAAUACCGCAAAUCGUUCGGUCAUCACAGUCAACCAUCGCCGAACCACAAAUCCUCGAAACCGCACUCACCUACUGUGAACGUCUACACCCACUGCGGGCGACACACCGACCAGUACCUAUUCGGCGGCUGGUCCAACGCCUUCAAGCAUGCCUUCAAAAAGGACUAA